AUGACUGUAGCUCCGCAGAUCCAGACAGAUGAGACCCCCCCGCCCCAAACAGCACCACCGCAAACAGCACCACCACAGCCACUCUCACAAAAGCUUAAAUUGCGAAGAGAUGGAGACCCAUAUCCCAUGUCACAUCUGGUUGUCCUCGUGCAAGGUCCCGUCCGAAUAUUGGGUGACUGGAAACAGCGACUCCGCGAUGCAGGCAUGGAAAAGAAGGUUUUAUUGGUCUAUGCAUCCUUUGAUGAACCAGCUCAAGAUCCCGAAUGUGAUGUCUUGGCAAAUGGCCAAUGGUCCCCCUUUUGUCGCACAAUGUUUAUCCCCGGUACAACUUGGACGGAAGGAAGAAAUGAACUGGUCAAGUAUGCUCACUGUGAAGAGCAGAUUAGAGAGAAAGAGUUUAGAUAUUGGAUCUUUUCGGAUGACGAUGUAGACCUCAGUUGCCACAUGCCUGAAGAUAUGAACAUCACGACCAACAACUUGAAUGGGGCCGUCUGCUGGAAAUCUUAUUUUGACUUUUUGGAAACGCAAAUGCCAUCGUCUGAAGGUGUGUUCUAUGGCUUGCGAGAUCCAAAGAGGCUCAGGAAAUUAAACCAAAAAGGAAUCGUCAUUACCGCAGAAGUGGAUGCAAUUCUCAAUGCCUUUGAUAGAAAAUAUAUCAAGAUUCUGAUGCCUUAUGUCUUCAUGAAAAAAGACGAUUCCUGGUGGAUGUCGCAAAUGAUGCACUUCAAUUUGGUACACAGAUGCUUUGGUGCCGCUGGAAUCGUUCCCCUCUUUAUCAAUUAUGUUAAUGACAUACACCGCGAAUAUCCAAGGGGCUUGGAAUUUAAAAAGGCAAGCGCAUUGUUCAACCGAAAUUAUGAACAAUACAUGGGCGUCGACUUUCAUGGUCGCGGCAAACUUGGUCAUAACCAAUUCGAUCAUAUGCAGGGGCCUUUUCUCGACUUUGCAACAGCAGCCGUGCAAGUACAAAAGCAAUUGGAGAACUCUCAGGCAUCCUGUGGUAAUUUGACGCAGCGCUUUCAUGAUUGGGAAGAUUCAUGGGGAACAUGCAUUGCCUUUCAACAACGCUUAGAAGAAGAGCAGGGUCGAAAGUCUCAACGGUAG